AGGCACACCCCCUCGCGCGGCUGGGUUGGGUGGCGUGGGAUAAACCACAGCCACGCAGCGGGUCGUCUUCUCCAUUCCAAUCUGCAUCAGUUCGUCUAACAGCGGCGGCCGUGCUGUUCCGGCGUCGGCGAGAUGUCUACCAAUGGUGUCGAGAUUAAUGGGAUUUCUGCUGCGUCCGGUGCGAGGAGCACUUCCGUCUUGCCAUUGGAGUCCCAGGAUUCCAUGAGCGUCCCAAACGACGUGUUCGCUGCCGCCGGUUGUGCUCGGUCGCAUGUGGAUGCAGUGGUGGGCGAGGUGUGCUCUGAAGCCACCAGCGGCUGGACGCGCAGGGUCAGGGUGGGUAAAGCUCCCGAGGAGAGGGAGAUGAAUCCAAACAGGAUUUCAGCUCUGGAAUUGUCUGUCCGUGCUUAUACCGAGAAGAGGGAUGGACCUGUUGUGUACCCAAGCAUUGGCACAAGCUUUGACUCCUUGGACGAAGCUUAUGAAUUCUAUAAUCUGUAUUCGUGGGAGUGCGGAUUUGGUGUUAGACUUGCCAAGAGCAGAUUGAAUGUUGAAAGGAAGAGAUGCAUGCAAGAGAUUGUGUGUGCUUGUGCGGGGAAACCAUUGAGGGAAAACAGCCGCUCGGCCAGAUGCGGAUGCAAUGCUAUGAUCAGGUUGCUGUGGUCAAAUGACAAGGGGUGGUACAUAGCAGAACACAAAGAUGACCAUAACCACCCGUUGUCGUUGAUGUGUGGACAGAAAUGUAGGGGAACGUAGUAAUUUCAAAAUUUUCCUACGCACACGCAAGAUCAUGGUGAUGCAUAGCAACGAGAGGGGAGAGUGUUGUCUA